AAAAUCCGGUCAUUCAUUUGCAUCCCACUGAUCCAGAGAUUAAAUUUACCCUGGACAAGGCACCGAUCCAUUGUGGGACACACUCAUACCCGUACAAUAUAGCGUCUUUUAGAUAUGUACCCGCCAGAGAAGACAAGACACGGGUAGGACGACCCAACAAAGCACCGGAAAGCAUUCGCACCCUACUUUUAAAGAUAUCGUUGUAAGCACGAUUAAACUCCAGAGUGCAAGGCGUCGCUGAAAGAGUUAGAAAAGACAUGGACGUGUGGAGUGCACCAGAGGAGCGUCACAAAGGCUGGUACCUACAUUUGAUGGUCCCCAACACGAAAGGGGAGAGCUACGCAUGGCUGGAUCCCAGCAGACUGUACUGCAGCACGGAGGGUUUGCAGGAUUGUGUCAAGGACCUUCUACAACCAUUCCAGGGAGACUCCAUUGAUAUUGUAGCUGGAAUUGAUGCCAUGGGAUUUGUCCUAGGUAGUAGCAUUGCUACAUUUCUCAAUAAAGGUUUCCUAGUAAUUCGUAAAGCUGGACAUCUCUGUGUGACAACCAAAGCCCUGAGCUUCUCUGAUUACUCUGGGACAGAGAAGACCAUAGAAGUUCGCACAGAUAUUUUGAAAAAAGGACUUCGAGUUUUACUAGUAGACCAAUGGAUUGAGACAGGCGGUACAAUGAAAGCAGCCAUUAAGCUAUUGGAGGAUCAAGGUGUAGUUAUAGCAGGCAUUGCUGCAAUAUGCAUUGAGAACAGUGAGGUGGGGAAGUGGAUCAAAGAGAAUUAUAAAUGCUCCCACUGUGUCCCUGAACACUUACAGGGUGAAUUUGAUGCCCACUACCUGAAGUCAUUUGCACUGUACCACAGUAACAGUCCAUAAGUUACAGGACAGGGCAGGGUACCUGCUCAGUGGAGAAAGACUUGUGGAGCCUUGUACUGCUCAAUGGAUAUAUGCAUUUUAAAGCUUUCAACUAGGCUUAAUGUUUGCAUGCUGACAAGUAAGGAUUAGGCUCUAUCAGAAUGUGCACUCAUUUUUCUGGUUUGGAAUAGACUGCCAAUAGUGGUGAAAUGAUAAGAGCAAGAAACAGCUAAACAUGAACCUAAGACAGUACAGUACUCAAAAAUUAACUGCAAAUGCUUUUUAACUCUGAAGAAAACUACUGGAAAUAAAACAGUGGUGUCUUCUGUUUUAUGUCAAAAUGGCUUAGUUGAACUCAAAAUGAUUUCACAUGAAAUUAAUUAAACUUAUAAGAUUUUAAUGAAUUCUGGAAAUCUUUUAGAUUACUGCAAAAAAUAACAUGGUUAUGGGGUGACUUGUUAUAUUGGCAUGAUUUGUCACACUGGCAUGUCAUUAUAACCAUUCAGAAAAAAAAAUACUUCUAUUAAAAAACUACCAAUAAAUAUCAAAUUAAAAGAU